GCGAAUGGGGGCGUGUGAAGAUGGCGGCGCUCAUGAUGAGAGUUGGUUCAGGUUCUUUCGGUUCUGCUCGGGUUCACAGACCUGCUCUGUUCUCCGCUGCUGCCGCAAUACUGAGAUCCGUCAAUGUGUCUGCCACACAGUCAAUCUCAUUACCAGAGAUGGUUAAGAUUGUAGAGGUUGGACCCCGAGAUGGACUUCAGAAUGAGAAGACUGUCGUUCCAACAGAGGUGAAGAUCUGUCUGAUUGAUAUGCUCUCAGAGGCAGGACUUCCUGUCAUUGAGGCCACAAGUUUUGUUUCACCUAAAUGGGUCCCUCAGAUGGCCGAUCAAGAGGAAGUGAUGCGUGGCCUCCACAAGAAACCUGGCGUGAACUACCCUGUUCUGACCCCUAAUCUGAAGGGAUUCCAGGCUGCUAUGAAGGCUGGUGCAAAAGAGGUGGCAAUAUUUGGUGCUGCAUCAGAGCUCUUCAGUAAGAAGAACAUAAACUGUUCAGUGGAUGAGAGUCUUGUGCGCUUUGAGGAGGUGAUGAGAGCAGCCAAUCAAGAGGGGGUUCCUGUGAGAGGCUAUGUGUCAUGUGUGCUGGGUUGUCCAUAUGAAGGGAAGGUAUCGCCGAACAAAGUGGCAGAGGUGGCUAAGCGACUGUAUUCCAUGGGCUGCUAUGAGAUUUCACUUGGCGAUACUAUCGGAGUGGGCACUCCGGGUGGCAUGACGGAGAUGUUGAAUGCCGUGAAGAAAGAGGUUCCUGUGGAGGCUUUAGCAGUUCACUGUCAUGACACUUAUGGACAAGCACUCGCUAACAUACUUGUAGCAUUACAGAAUGGGGUAAGUGUCGUGGAUUCAUCCGUUGCAGGGCUGGGCGGCUGCCCUUAUGCCCAAGGGGCUUCUGGGAAUGUUGCAACUGAAGAUGUGGUCUAUAUGCUGCACGGACUGGGAAUCCAUACUGGAGUGGACCUGCCCAAACUGUUGGACGCUGGCUCAUACAUCUGUCAUUCACUCAACAGAAGGACAAAUUCAAAAGUAGCUCAGGCCUCCUGCAAGCUCUGAAGUCCUCUUUCUCUUUAUGGAGAUUAUAGUCUCUGGUAUGAUGACAUUACUCUUUUGGAGCUCACACUACAUUACCCCUUAGUACGCAGUGAAAUCUCUUCAUUUAUAAAAUUUUUCAAAUAAGUAUUUCUAAGCACAGUGGAGCUGGACAUUGGGGAUCAGCGCAUCCAUUCUCUACUGUGAAUGUCUAGUGGUGAAAAGGGUGCUUGUGAGCUCAUAUCAACCAAUAUUCACAACCACAGACCCAAACUGUUCUCUUGUGCCUUGAUUUCUGAUGAAAGGCAAUCUUUGUAUAUGUAUAUUUCUAAUAAAUUAAUUAAAUAUUUUACAUAGUGCUGAAGCAAGAUCGUUUGAUGCCUAAAGGCAAUAAAUGCCAGAAGGGGACGUUAUUUGACUUUGCAGAAUAUUAUGAAUCUAGAUGAAGAUGUUUUGCUGGUUAGACUGCAUCACAUUACUAAUCUUGAUUAGCAUUGUUAUCAUUGUCUCAGAAUGAGAUGUCACAAAUGGUUUUAAAUAUGACAUCCUCAUACUUGUGUCCGUGUAUGUUUUUUGACUCAUUUUGAAGACGGAAAUAUCUGUCAUUACCAGACAAAAGCAUUAUUAUGCUGGUAAUCAUAACAAACCCAUUAUAAUGAAAAGACUCACGGAACUUCAGAUACAUCAGAUAAUAAUGCACCAUUAUGAUUACUGAUUAAUUUUGUUACUCUCCAGGAAAAAACAUGAAUAAUUUAUGCUUUUUCCAUGCUAAGGAAAAUCCCUUUACUCUGCAGGUUUGUUGAUGCCUGUGAAUUUCCUUUAAUGUAUUGUAGAGACAUGUCUUGUGUGUGCAACAACUUAUCGUUUCUAUUUGUAUUGUUAACUGACAUUAUUGUAUGAUUUUUUUUUUUGCUUCACACUUUAUCUUUAGUGUGUAUGAUGUUUAAUAGAGGAUUAUUAAUUUUAAUGAUUAAAGACAAGAUAAGGAGAAAUGUGAAUUUAUGCAUCCUUAUGCAAUGUGCCAAACUUCUCUUUCAGAUAUACUUUUACAGAUUAGCCUGACAACUGAAUUUUUCAUAAUAGUAACAAACAUAAAACUGUAUCCUUCUUGCCAAAAGGAAAGAAACCAUUUUAGUUGCAUAAAGUACUUCUGUUAUCGGUUGAAGGCUGAUUAACUGGAUCAACGAGUCUGCACAUUUACGCAUUUUGUUUGACAUCAUACAA